AUGAAAUUAGAUAAUAUAUUGAUUACAAUUGGAGAGUUCGGACUGUACCAGAAGUAUGUCUACGCCUUGGUGUGUUUUACCUCCCUUUAUAUGGGAGUAUAUGCGAUGAUGUCUGUUAUAUUUCUCAAUACGCCUGAACACAGAUGUAAGAUUCCCGAUCUUGAUAAUGACACGUACAAUAUACAAAGUCCCUAUCAAGAGAGACUUGUUAACAACUACAUACCCCCAUCGGAUGAUGCCUCCCACGACUAUGAUCAGUGUCAUCUGUACUCGUUCGAUUACAACAGUGUCAAGUUCGACAACUUCAGUCGACCAAUAAAUGCUUCACUCGUUAAAUGCAAUGAGUGGAUAUACAGCGAUGCCAUGUUCGCAGAAACAUACACGUCUAAGCUCAAUAUCGUGUGCGAUAGAAAACACCUCACGUCUCUCAUCAAGUCCCUCUUCUUUGUCGGGAAAUUCGUCGGAGCCUUAGUAUUUGGAAAUCUGUCAGAUGUUGUUGGACGUAAAAUAACACUUUGUAUUUCCCUGAUGAUGAUGUUUGGACUGUCAUUCGGAAUGACCUGGUCUUCCGCCUCCUUCGUUUUAUACGCCAUCAUCAUGACUCUCAUUGGUGCAGCUACUCAGGGAAUCUUCCCAGUCGGCUUUGUCCUCGGUGUUGAGUUAGUUGGCCCCUCCAAACGGAAAUAUGCUGGCACAGUUAUCGAGUAUUUCUUUUCGAUUGGUUUAAUGAUACUUGCCGGUGUCAGUUAUCUAGUCAGACACUGGUACUACAUCAGCAUUAUUUGCUCGACGCCACCUGUUCUGUUUGUUCUCUACUGGUGGCUGCUCCCUGAAUCUCUCCGUUGGUUGAUAAGUAAGGGUAAGUAUGAAGAGGCCAAUGCAAUUCUCCAGAAAGCAGCCAAGGUCAAUAAGGUCACAGUGGAAAAGAAUCUGUUCGAGAAUGAGGGUAAUGUGCCGCCUGAACCGACAGGGAAGAUGUGGCAGUUGUUCUCGUCACGGGUUAUGUUACUGCGAACAAUCGUCAUUCUCUUUAACUGGUGUAUAGUGGCUAUGAUCUACUAUGGCCUGUCUCUGAAUGCUGGUAAUCUCGGAGGGAAUUUCUUCUUUAAUAUGUUUUUAUCUGGGUUGGUUGAAAUCCCAGCUAAUACAACGGCUUUACUUUUACUGGAUCGUAUCGGCAGAAAGAAAACUUACUUUUUCAGUUUGAUGUUUGGAGGAUGUGCAUGUGCAUCAACAAUACUUCCUAUUCUGUAUGGUGAAAAAGAAAAUCAAAUUAUCAUCGUAGUCCUUGCAAUGCUAGGUAAGUUUGGUGCCAGUGCCGCAUUCAAUACGAUCUACUUUUUUUCCACGGAGCUGUACCCCACAGUUGUAAGGAACGCGGGACUAGGUGCGAGUUCUUGUGCAUCAAGAUUCGGCGGAAUCGCAGCCCCAUACAUAGCAGAUUCGGCAGCGUUGAUAGGUGGCAUGGUCGGUAAAGUUUUUCCAUUGGGUGUAUUUGGAGCUCUGGCUAUACUCGCUGGAUUGACCUCCUUGUACUUACCGGAAACUCUGAACAGAGCCUUACCAGAAACAAUGGAAGAUGGAAAGACAUUUGGAAGGCGAAACAAACUCAAAGAUCCUCGUUCGCAUGCGCUAGAAGAGUGGGACUAG